AUGGCUUUUGGUGCCCUCAAGAAACUACUUGUGAAUUCCUCAAAAUUACUACAAUUUCGUCGCAGCUUUAACCUUCCAGAAUACCAGAGUAAAAUCUUAAUGAAUGAGUAUGAUCUCGCUGUGCAGGAUUUUCGCAUAGCAUCUUCUGUUGAGGAAGCCGAGCGCAUUGUCGCUGCCUUUAAACCAAACUUGUACGUCCUCAAGGCUCAAGUUCAAGUGGGAGGUAGGAAGUUAGGCCAUUUUUCUUCUGGCGGCGGCAGUGGCAUCCAAUUCACCAAUGAUCCUCAAGAAGUUCCGAUCAUUGUUUCCAAGAUGAUAGGAAACCGCUUAGUAACAAAGCAAACAACCCCUGACGGGGUGGUUGUAAAUACUGUCAUGAUCGCUGAUGCUGUGGACUUGAAGAAAGAGCGUUAUCUAGCAAUUCUCUUAGACCGAGAAGCUUGCUGUCCUGUUGUUAUUACUUCUAUUGAGGGUGGCGUUAACAUCGAAGAUGUUGCCCGCGCAAGCCCUGAUUCAAUAAGGCAGGAAUUUAUUGACUUGCAGGAAGGGAUGACUGAUGCUAAAUCUGGGAGCAUUGCGUGUUCCCUUGGCUUUAAUCAUGGUUCUUCACAGCACACUUUCAUGUGCUCUCAACUGAAAAACCUGUAUAACCUGUUUGUGGAUCUCGAUUGCCUUCAAGUUGAAAUCAAUCCACUCGGUGAGAGAGAGGAUGGUUCUCUGGUAAACAUGGAUGCAAAAUUUUCGUUUGACAAUAAUGCAGUGUAUCGUCAGCCACGAGUGGCAGCAUUAGCGGCGCAAUCGCGUAAACUGGACGUGGAGGCGGCAGGAGAACACUCGUUGCUGGCGCUGGAGACCAGUGCCGACGCCCAUGGACUCAACUACAUCGGUCUGCCCGAUGGAACCAUCGGUUGCAUGGUAAACGGAGCGGGACUCGCCAUGGCAACUCUUGACCUCCUUUCUCUCCAUCAUGGCAGGGCCGCUAACUUUCUUGAUCUUGGAGGCAAAGCUUCACAGACCGACGUUGAGUUUGCUCUUCAGACUCUUACUGCUGACAAUCGAGUGAAGUGCAUAUUGAUCAACAUCUUUGGAGGCAUCGUGAAUUGUCGAAUGGUGGCGGAGGGCAUAGUGGCGGCGUGUCUUCGGCAGAAGCCGCAGGUACCCCUCGUGGUACGCCUGGAGGGCACAAAUUCAAUGGAAGGACGCGAGGUCCUGCGCGCCGCCGGACUCGGCAUUCACAUCGCCAAAGACAUGGAAGAGGCUGCCGAUAUGGCCUGCGAAAUCGCACAGUAG